GAAGGUCGUUGUACCACUGCGAGCAUCAGGUGGACUUUCCAGACCUCCUCACUUCCAAUGUCAGUGACAACUUUUGUUUUCUUUCCGCUUAAUAGACAUUAGCAAGUCAUUAUUUUCAUAUAGCCUAUACGUUAUCUCGCAGAAGUAUCACUAUGAAGUUCUGUUUCUUUUAUUUUUCGGAUUUGAUUUAGGAUUUCAAUUCGAACUUGUCACGGCGAGUGCUGGGGAAAAGCGCGAGGUUUCGAUUGAAAAUUGAUUACAACAGGACAGAGCGAGCACUUGACUGUGACCACACUCACACAACAAUGGGGAGAAAGAAGAUUCAGAUCUCACGGAUUCUUGACCAGCGAAACCGACAGGUGACCUUCACCAAGCGGAAGUUCGGGCUGAUGAAGAAGGCCUACGAGCUGAGCGUGCUGUGCGACUGCGAGAUCGCCCUCAUCAUCUUCAACAGCACCAACCGGCUCUUCCAGUACGCCAGCACCGACAUGGACAAGGUCCUGCUGAAGUACACCGAGUACAGCGAGCCCCACGAGAGCCGAACCAACGCCGACAUCCUGGAGACCCUGCGCAGGAAGGGUUUGGGCCUGGACGGAGCGGAGCUGGACCCAGACGAGGCCGCGCAGGCCGCCGUGGAGAAGUACCAGCAGCUCAACGAGGGCCUGGACCUGUCUGUGGCACGCCAGCGAUACUACGCGCCCCAGGUCCUCCCCCCUGAGGCGCAGUACUUGGUGACGGCGGGCUGUGAGAACGGCUUCCCGGUGGGGAGCCCCCCCGGUCUGGGGGUGCACCGGACCCCCGCCUUCAAGCCCGUCGGCCCCAAGCUGGGCGCCCCGAACCCCCACCACACGCUCUCUUCACUUAUGCCUCCGCACUCCGCCAUUGGCUACUCGAUGUUCUCCCAUGGCAACCUGAGCCGGGCUUUGGAGAUGAAGACUCCGCCCCCCCUGAACCUGGGCUGUGAGAACAGGCGAGCAGAAGCCCAUCCCGGCCUGCCUGGCCCUCGGCCCAACCUGAGCAACGCGAGGGCGCUCUACCAAGGCAUGCAUUCUGGGAACCCCAUGAUGGGCGUGGGCAAAGCCGGCCUCCUGGGCCACAGUCUGGGGGAGUACGGCCUCUCCCCCGCGGGGCCCCCUGAGUACCCGCACCAUGGCUUCUCCCACUCCGUCAACCUGCAGAGGAACUCAGUGAGCCCCUGGCAGCCGCCCCACCACCAGGAGGCCCACGUGUCCCACAUCAGCCAGGGCGUUCCCGACGGAGGGUGUGCCUUUCCCGCCCCGACGCCCGCCUCCCCGCCUCAGUCCUCCCUCAACCUCAGCAUCAAAUCGGAGCGCGUCUCCCCGGAACACACCUGCUCCCCCACCACGCCCCCUCUGCACCACAUGAUGCACCCCUCGCCAAUCAGCAGCACCGAUUCCCUGGGCCAGAUUGCUCCGGAGCCCUACGCAGCCAAUGAGAGGGAGGCUUUCCAGAAGGGCGCCUACCCACCUCCGCAUAACGUGGCCAAGGCCCAGCCGGAGGACAAGUCCAGACUGCUUGCCAGGCGCUUGGAGACUGCGGAGGCGUGGCCGAGAUAGUGGGCUAGGGGUGUGUGUGUGUGUGUGUGUGUGGGAGGGGGCGUGGGGGUGUGUGUGGUGGUACUCAUUAUUUUUAAAUGUCCCGGAGGACAGGCCCCACUGCUCGGCCCUCCCUGCGGGACCCUGUGUGUGUGACUCUGCAUUUUUCCCAGACACAGUGAGGAAGCACGGUCUGGGGGUGUGUGUGUGUGUGUUUAAUUAGCCCAUAGCCCUUCUGAGUGGCUGGGGGAGAGCAGGACUCUGUCACUCUGUGUUCCCCUGGCCUGAGCUGCAGUAGAGUGAACCGCUGCCCAACCCUGCUCCUGAGGGGUCUACCCAUCCCGUAGGUUUCCACUGCAACCCUAACACAGCACACCCCAUUCAACAGCUAGAGCAGGGCUGCCCGACCCUGUUCCUGGAGAUCUACCAUCCUGUAGGUUUUUACUCCAACCCUAACAAAGCACACCCCAUUCACCAGCUAGAGCAGGGCUGCCCAACCCUGUUCCUGGAGGUCUAUCGUCCUGUAGAUUCUCUCUAACUCUAACAAAGCAUACCUCACUCAACAGCUAGAGAUUUCCUUGAGCUGCUAAUUCGUAGAAUCAGGUGUGCCAAAUUAGGGCUGAAAUGAGCGGUAGAUCUCCAGGAACAGGGUUGGGCAGCCCUGGGCUGCAUCCAAAAUCGCAUACUAAGCAUACUACUCAUACUACCUUUCAAUGAAAAUCAGCCUGAAAUUUAGUAUGAGUAGUAUGCUAGUAUGCGGUUUUGAACGCAGCCCUGGUUUGGAGAAUUGUGUGUGUGUGUAUCAUCUGGUCUGUUCAUUCAGUAUAAAGCAGUGUUUCUAUUAACUCUUACUUUCAAGCCUUUGCAACCAUGUACACUUCAAUGGUUCAACAAUUAAACUAAGAGCAAUAUUCAUAAAGUGUCUCAGAAGAGGCCAUUGCUGACCUAGUAUCAGGUUUCACUGCCUGUAGUCCAGACCUUAUCCAGUCUGAGCUGAUCCUAGAUCAGUUCGUCUGCUCUGAGACACUUUAGGAUUUACAAGCCUUGAACGCAAAACGUGUGCCCUGUUCUAUUUGUACCUGUGUUCGGGGCUAAGGCAAUAUUGAUCAAUAAUCUUUCCUUAGUGAGGUGGUAUGACUGACGUAGCUGCCUCGCGAGACCAAUUAGACAUCAGAACUCGUUCACAAGGUUUUCCUCAUUUAUCAUUUGGACGUGAUUUCUGUACUCGGGUUUUCAAAUCGAUGACACGGUUGAAAGGAAAAAUAAUAAAGCAAUGGGGUGGACUGGUGUAUCGAAGAGCAAUUCAUCAAUUUGUCUCUCAGGGAAUUUUUGGUAUCAAAAAGUUUUUUUUUUAAGUUUCAACAGUUAACAUAUGAAAUAUGCUAACUAUUAAAAUUAUAGCCUUUAACAAUAUCUUAACACUGUACUGUUUCGUAUUCGUCUGGAUUUUUAUGCAGACUGGGUUUUUGAUUACAAUACAGAAUAACGAAAAAAGAAACAUGCAUUUGAAGACCAAAGGUUUAGGGAAGACAUACUGUGUAAAUGUUAGCUUAUUUUAGCUUAUUGCUUCUGUCAACAAUAUUGCAAAAAUAUUCACUGUUAUGUUUUUUCCUGUUAAAGAAAAAAAAUUCAGGUAUAAUUACAAGCAAUUAUACAUGAUUAGACAAUAUUGCAAAGCUCUGUUAUGGAUUGUCCUGUUGUUCAGGAGAAUCAUUUUGUUUUCAGGUAUAAUUGCGAGCGAUUAUACGUGAUUAAAAGGAUUAUUUCUUUGGGUCAAAGACCAGUUUAACUUUUUUUUUACGUGAGCUUUUUAUUAUGUAACUAGGGAAAGAAAUGAUCUGAAAGUGGUUGCUAGCGCAGCUUUUAUUUCACAGCUUUGUAUACAAGUUUUGACGCUUUUAUUCCUCUCAUACCUACAGUUUCAGUUUUUAAUAUACAGCGAAGCACCCUGGCUUUACAAAGGGAACAUGGAUUUCUUAUGAGGAAAAGGGAGUGUUUUACUAUUUAGUCUUAUUCAAUUCACUCUUAAUUUCUAUGUUUAAACGCAUUGUGUAUAAAGUAUGCGAAAACAUUAUGUGCACUGAUUUGACGGAGAUAAUUAUGAAUGGUUUUAUAAAAUGUUAAUGAUAAGAUUUUUUUAUUCGAAUGUCUUUGCUUUAUCUAAAAAUGACUUUAAAAUGAUCAUUAAGCUAAUUACAAUUUUGCGCUUUUCUUUAUUGUAUACACUAGAUGUAUUAAUAUUUUUCUUUUUUUUUCAUUCUAUGUUUGAGUGUUAUAAAAGUGGUUGACUUUGAAUUUCGAAUGAUUAAAAGACCCCUUGGAAAAGUGGCUAAUAUUAGAAA